CGUCAACACGGCAGUGUCUACAUACAGGGACCAGGCACUCCUGAGGCUGCGCGUUCCGCCGGCAUCCUCCUUGCCUUCCCCGUUCUCUGCGUCCUCCUUCCCCGCCCUGGCCGGACAGGAGUAUGCGACGCAGGCGAAGGUCGAGUAUUACAGCGCGUCGCAAGGCGGCUGGAUUCUCGCGCGCGUGGAGGGCUACAACGCCGACGGGACCUACAACCUGGACUGCAAGCCGAACGUGGCGCCAGACAAGAUCAGAUGGCCUGGUGGCGCGAAGGCGCAGGCGGGUGUGGGCGCGGAUUCCCUCGCCGCGACCAUCGCGCCGAACUUGCAGCCCAUCCGCGAGGUUGACGAGUCCAUGCAGUCCUCCGUCUCCGUGGCCAGCCCGCCUCUGCGGGAACUGCUCGACGCGACCUCGCGCGAUCGCGACCGCACGGACCUGAGCGACCGCGACCCGCGCGAGUCCGUCGGCUCGUCGCACUCCUCGGCCCCGGCGCGGCCGCCGCGCCCCGUCGCGCCGGCAGAGCCCCCCCCCGUCUACGGCAACGGCACGCCCAGCUUCGGCGACCGCGCCCGCGCCACCGGCUCGGCGGCACCCCGCGGCGGCCUGCGGCCCGGCAGCGGCGCGCUAGGCAGCGGCGCGCUGGGCAGCGGCGCGCUGGGCAGCGGCGCGCUGGGCAGCGGCGCGCUGGGCAGCGGCGCGCUGGGCAGCAGCGCCCUGCCGCGGGGCGCGGCCGCGCUGGGCACGGGCGGGAGCAGCGCGCUGGGCAGCGGCGCGCUGCCGCGCGGCGCCGGCGCGCUGGGCACGGGCGGCAGCAGCGCGCUGGGCAGCGGCGCACUGCCGCGGGGCUCGCCGCCCGGCAGCGGGCGCCUCGGGGGCCGCGGGAGCCACGGGCGCGGGGGCCAGCGGCUGCCGCCGAGGGGGGUUCCGAUGCAGCUGGUGCGGGUGAUGCGGGACGACCGGAGCGGGUGGCGCUUCGAGGUGAACGAGGAC